CGUCACAACGGCGGGAAAAUAGAGGAAGUGUGGAAUGGUUACAUCCGGCUAACAAAGUUUUUGUUUCUGUCAAUCGUUUGGUAAAAGAAGAAAUAUAUUUUAAUGAAGAAAGUAUAUAUGGGAUUGUCACAGUUCUGCUGGAAAUGACUUCAUCGGUGUCAAAGGGUUGCUUUGUGUUCAAGCCCAGUGCCAAAAAGAGAAAGAAGACUCCAACAGUGGAGGAUUAUUUCACUCAUGGCUGUGAGGACACGGAGAACGGCAAACUACGUUUCAGAAACUGUCAGACAUUAUGGGAGAAAAUGAAGGCAGACACCGAGCUUCUGCAGGAUGAGCUGAACAGGAAAAUCUUAGACAGCCUCUUGGCGUUUAUCAGAAAGAGUGUCUCCACUUUUCAGCGUGGCACGGAUGACUGGGCGUCGCGUAUGAGAGCCCACGAGAUUCCGACAGCAGCACUAGUGCUUGGAGUGAAUGUACCAGAUCAUGAUAUGACCUUCCAGUGCCUCUCUGACCAGUUGCAGCAGUCGGUGACUCCCUUUGUGGUUUCUGUACAAGCCACAGAGUGUGUAGCCCUGAAUCACAUGCUGCAGAGGGUUCUAGAGAGACUGAUGGGUACUAGUGUGUCUGUGGAUAAUGAGGAAGAGCCUGAGCAGCGCAGUACCAAUGUAAACCAGAAGAGGGUGCACUGCUCCCUCAUCACACUCUGUAACUGGUACAAGACUGUGACAAAGAAAGCUGCCUCCGGCACCGCAAGAAAAAAGCGUACUUCCGUUGGCAAAGACAUGCAACAGCAUCCUCCUAUUGUAGUGAUCUUCAAAGACCUAGAGGCUUUCAACCCUAAAGUGCUGCAAGAUUUCAUCCUCAUCUGCAGUCGGUACGUUGACCAGCUUCCGCUGAUGUUCGUUUUUGGCAUUGCCACGUCUCCCAGCACCAUUCAACACAUGCUGCCCCACUCUGUGUCCUCUCUGCUGGGCAUCGAGCUCUUCCAGUCACUGUCCUGCACCCAGCACCUGGCUUCUGUCAUAGACAAGGUGAUCCUAACUUCCCAGUUUCCCUUCAAGCCCAAUGGCAAGGUGCUGCAAGUGCUGGUCAGCAUCUUCCUCUACCACGACUUCUCUGUACGCAACUUCAUCAAAGGCCUGCAGUUGGCUCUGCUGGAGCACUUCCACAGCCAGCCUCUGAGCGUGCUGUGCUGUAAGAAGGAGGCGGCCCUGAUCCACGCCACUGAGCUCAGCCACAGGGAUGUAGAGAGGAUCCAACAGCUGCCCUCCUUCAUGAGGUACGUAGAGGAACAGGGUCCCCAGGAGCAAGUGGAGCUGUUGACUAGUGAUGACCAUGUGAAGGAAGUGUGUCAGAAACUACUGAAAGAUCUUUGCAAAUACCACAAGAACUACUACCCCACUCUGAGGUGUCUCCACAUUCUGACGGCUUCUCUGCCCAAAUACCCUCUGGGAAAACAGAUAAGAGAGCUGCACAUAUCCUGUCUGGAGAAGAAUGUAUGGGAGAAUGAUGAGUAUGUGUCUGCCAUGCAGCUUCUGAGGAUGAUGGCCAAAGACGAGCUCACCUCAGCGCUGCAAAAGUGUGCUGAGAUCCUGAAAUCUGUCAAGACAAAGAAAAUGAGGGCUGCACUGCUUCAACUGGACAAUUUACUCUCCAAAUUUGACCAGCCAGGCGAUCUUGUUGAGAAUGCAGCAGGGGAGGACCUCACUUCUCCAGGGAAAGGCCUCCAGAAGAAAACAGACUUGUUCCAACUGCAAAAGACUCUAUUGGAGAUGAAGAAAUCUCGAAGAACCAAGAAAAUGAGUCCGUUCGAGAUACUCCGAGACCAAGCCCUGGAGUUCAUUGACAGCCUUGUGAGGUCCCACCUGGCCCCACCCGAAUCCCAACCACUGUACGAGGUAUGCUACUACAGCUCCUCUGCUGUCCUGAGACGCCACCUCAACGCCACGCCACGCACCUCCAUCCAGACCGCGCUCAGCAACCCCUACCACUACCUGAAAAAUGAAGAUCUGCGGGCCGAGGACGGGACAGUCUCCAAUGCUGCUCCUGACAUCUGCAUUGUGUACAAGCUGCAUCUGGAGUGUGGGAGACUCAUCAACCUGUAUGACUGGCUGGAGGCUUAUGCUACUGUGGUCUCGGCUGCAGAGGGUAAGGAUCCUGACUCUGCUGACUUUGGCAAAGUGGAUGAACUCAAACAUGCUCGUUUUAUCCAGGCGGUAUCUGAGCUGGAGUUCCUGGGAUUCAUCAAAUCCACCAAACAGAAGACGGACCAUGUGUCACGGCUGACCUGGGGAGGCUGCUGAUUCACCGUCUGGGAGCUUGUGUUGUAUAGUACAUGUCAAUUGUUUUUGAAUAAAAUGUGAUUUCAAUUGAG